AUGGCAGCUCCAACUAUUUCAGAAGAACUGGCAACAGCGGAGUCCCUAAUCUCUGUAACGCCAGUACUACGCGAUCCUGUUUCUACUUUGGAAAUUAUUAUACCUGUAGCUAAAGAAUACAAGCAGAAGUCGCCAUGCAAAGAAUUUCUGAUUAUGUUUCUCCUAGUAGCCCUAUGCCUAGUGGCAACCGCCCUGGCGGCUCCAGCCUCCAUCCCCGAACCACCAAUGAUCGCCGAGGAGUCCCACAUCAUAGUUUCUCCAUACAUCUCGUACCCUGACCCGACACUGUUCCUGAGGACCUUAAACAUGAGGAUCGAGCCGGAACCUAAGGAGGAGUACAAUGAGCCAGAGCCGAUGGAAGAAUUCUCUGAGCCCAUUGAAGAGCCAAAGGAAGAAUUAUCUGAGCCGAUUGAAGAGCCAACGGAAGAAAUCCCUGAGCCGAUCGAAGAGCCAAAGGAAGAGCUCCCUGAGCCUAUCGAAGAGCCAAAGGAGGAAUUGACUGAAGAGCCAAAGGAACCCCUACCUACGCUCCCAGCUGCCCCUGAGUUCAAACCUGAGACUAAACCUGAACCGGUUCUAAUCAACUUAGCGAUCCCCAAGCCUCCCUCUUCUUUUCCAACUUCUUCAACGCCUUCCCUAGCAUAA